UGGCAUUAUUUCAUCAUAUACUUUAGUUAGUUCAAAAGGCUUAAAACAUAAAAGUGUUGAUUCCUCACUCUGGAAUAUGAAGAAAUUUGCAAUAAUCCCCACUGUGAUAGCUUUUGCAGCCAUUUCAUUUAGCAAUGGGACAUAUGCUGAAGUACAAUGUGAAGAAGGUACAGCCAAGCAGAAAAUAGAAAUGAUCUGUCCUCAUGGUUUAUCCCUAAAUCUGCAAAAUAUAACCAAACAAUGCAACAGCUCAGCUUGCGACAACUACUCCAUACCAAGAUCUGAAUGGGAACCUGAUCUGUUAAGAUGUUUUGGACAAUCAUCUUGUACUCAUCAACUAGUUACAGUAUUAAGAAUAUGUUUCUCAUGUGAACAAUCUGUCAAGCAUCACAAAAGAGAUAUGAUCUACAUUAACUGUGAACAGGGUACUGUUAUUGAAAUAACAGCUACUCUUUCAUUAGACAGUGCCAGUAAAUAUUCACACAAGGUACACUAUCCUGGGAACAAAGAUGAGAGACUGUUGAAGUUGAGAAAAUGGUGUAAUGGACUAUCUCAGUGUGAAAUGAUAUCCUCUCCUGGACAUUCACACAGAUAUGAGCAGAUACUGUUCAAAUGUAUACUGGCUUCUACCAGAACUUUCCCCAUUCAGAGGCCAUUAAAGCUUCACACAAUGGGAAUACUUGAUACACAUGGAAUGGUUCUCUCUGUCAUUCACCACAAAAGAGACAUGGUGUACAUAAAAUGCGAACAGAGUACUGUUAUCAAAAUAAAAGCUGCUCUUUCAUUCAACAGAGCCAGAAAAAACUCAAAGGUACAUUAUUCAGGGAUCAAAAGUGUCAGACUGUUGAAGUUGAAGGAGUGGUGUGAUGGAUUAGAGGUCUGUGAAUUAAUCUCUUCCCCAGGAGGUAGACACAAAUAUGAACAAAUCUUGUACCAAUGUGUUCUGGUUUCACCAACAACUAGUCAAACUCAUUCUAACCAGAAAACUCAAACUGACCCAAUGCCCAAUUUACACACGAAGCCAGUAAUGAUAACUCAAAAGUCAGUACAACUUACAAACCAUCAGUUAGUCUCAAGCACUCAGCUCAACAUAGGGAUGAGAAAAGCAUCACAAGUGACCAAUGAACUCCUCAAACCAGUAAUAAGUGGAACUGCAAGGCCCUACAAAGCCAUAGAUGUAGCUACUGACCCAGCUCCAGAUAACAGUAUACUAGUAGGCACAGACCUAACUCCUGCAGAAUCAAUAGGAACAUUGGUGAUUCCCCUUGCAGUAGGGUUAUCUGUUGGAGUUAUUGCACUCGUAAUGGUAGCAGUAGCACUGGUCUACUUGUUAUGGGCAAAGGCGCAUAUGCCUAGUGAUCGAGGAAAGAACGUUGAAGAAGCUGACCCUGUGGACUCUCCAAUGAUUCCCCUACGUACAGAGCCACAGAGAGGGGAAGAUUCUCAAUAGACUGCAAUUAAUGAAACAACAAUAUGUUGCAUCAAGACCCUGGACCCCCCUGACUCUUAAUC